GACACUGUAUAAAUAAAAGGAGAGCAGGGCAAACUCUUAACAGGAGGAGACUCACUCAUGGCCUAUGAGACAGAGGAUCAGGAGACUCAAUACUGCUUUCCUGACAUCAACUCAUCAUGUGUCAAGGGAAAACGCUCGAGAUAUGAAUACAAUAUCAUGUAUAUGUUUUUUUCACUGCUGUCAGCGUGGGCUGUGUUUCUGAACCUGCUGGUGAUCAUCUCCAUCUCUCACUUCAAGAAGCUUCACACUCCAACCAACAUGAUUAUUCUCUCUCUGGCUGUAAAUGAUCUGCUUGUUGGACUUAUUGUGAUGCCUGUUGAGGCCGUCAAACUGAUUGAGACAUGUUGGUACUUUGGAGAAACUUUGUGUGGACUGUUUAUGAUAAUCAUGGGGCUGAUUGGAACUACAUCUCUUAGUAAUUUAGUUUUAAUUGCUGUUGAUCGUUAUGUGGCUGUGUGCCACCCUUUAAUAUACCCCCAGAAAAUAACCAUGACUAAAACAUUACUAAGUAUCUGCCUCUGCUGGUUAUUUUCCUCUACUUACUCCACUGUUUUUGUAGUCAACAACAAAUAUUUUGAAAUUUCGAACAGAACAGAUGUGUGUUAUGGCAUGUGCACAUUAAAUCUUAGUUUUACUUACAUCAUCGUUGAUUUGAUAUAUUCCUUUUUGUUGCCUUGUGUUGUGAUGAUCACAGUAUAUUUGAGGAUAUUUUAUGUUGCUUUUAAGCAAGUGAAGGUUAUAAACUCUCUGUUGAAGGGUAGUAGGGAAAGUUCAGUUAAGAGGAAAUCUGAGCACAAAGCUGCUCUCACAUUAGGGAUUGUUGUGACUGUCUAUUUGAUUUGCUUUAUUCCAUACUCUUUAUCGUCUGUAAUGGGUGUCUCUUCUGGUACACUGACAUAUCUGUUGUGGACUGUGUAUGUUAAUUGUGUUGUGAAUCCUUUGAUUUAUGCUUUAUUUUACUGCUGGUUUAAAAUAUCAGUUAAACACAUCUUAACUUUAAAAAUAUUGGAGCCAGCAUCCUCACUCUUGGACAUUUUCACAGAUAAAUAAAUUUUCUCCUAUUUUGAUGUCUGA